AACGAAAACGCAAUCAUGUUGUUUAUUCGCGCGCUUUGCGGAGGACGCGGAAGGAGGGCCAGCAUGUCAACGGCCUUCCUCCGGAAGUUCGGUUGGGGAACUAAAAUGGCCUAGGGAGGGCGUCAGUCAGUAGAUGAGAGGCCCCUUAUUACGCAGCAUCCUCCCACCCACCUUUCAUCUCCUGAUUUCAUUUAUUAGCCUUACACAGGUCGAAAUCUUGAACCCUCGCCAGAGAAUAUUUAAGUGCCAAUUCCUAUUCCUAACGAAAUACUAAGGCACGCAGUUGAGAACUAGUAUAUGACAUAUUUUAAUGGACUUCAGAAUUACUACAGGUUUUUUUUCUUUAACUUUAACCUUCCUGAUGAAAAGGGUCGUGUUAGCUGAUCACGGGGUAGGGCUUUUAUACACAUGCGCAGAUGCUUUACCGGGUUUAAAUACUGUGUAAGCAGAUGAGCUAACCGUAGUUGCAACUGAUUCAUUUCCAUCCAUAAAACAUUGGAGCAGUGCAAGGCUCUGGACUAGAGGGAAUUGUCACUGGGAGGGUGGAUCCAGAGAUGAGACCCAGCCCUGCUCUCGUGAACGAACAAUUAAUCAACUGUUAAGAGGCUACUUUAAGAAAAAUGGCUCUGCUAGCCCAACAGAUACCCAGAUGGCUCAACUCAAUUAAGUUGAGUAGCUUCCUUACUGCUAUGCAACUCAGAAAAUGUUUUCCCAGAGCAGGAAAAACAUUGUUGCCUGGCUUUUUUGCUCAGCCUCAUCUGUCCUCUGACGAUUGCUUUCUCCGGUCGGGGUUUAAGACUUAUCGGACUUCCUCUGUGUGGAAUAGUUCCCAGUCUACCGACUCAAGUAGUCAAGAGAUUAAGUGCGCCCCAAACACUCUGCUUCCUUCUGUGAAUGAGCCGUCACAAAAGAUACCCAGCUUUGAUUCUGAACUGUCUCUAGAAGGACUGGACGAUUUGCCUCCAUUGUCUCCAUUGCAGCCAAUUUCCGAGGAGGAGGCCAUUCAGAUUAUUGCGGACCCUGCACUGCCCCCAUCUUCAUUCACACUCCGAGACUAUGUGGAUCAUUCUGAGACUCUGAAGAAGUUAGUGCUUCUAGGAGUGGAUUUAUCCAAGAUAGAAAAACAUCCGGAUGCAGCCAACCUCCUUCUGCGACUGGAUUUUGAAAAAGACAUUAAGCAAAUACUCCUGUUUCUUAAAGAUUUGGGCAUAGAGGAUAACCAACUGGGAACAUUCCUGACGAAAAACUAUGCUAUUUUCUCUGAAGACCUUGAAAAUCUUAAGACCAGGGUGGCUUAUCUACUGUCAAAAAAUUUCAGUAAAGUGGAUAUUGCACAGAUGGUCAGAAAUGCACCAUUUUUGCUGAGUUUUUCAGUGGAAAGACUGGAUAACAGAUUGGGAUUUUUUCAGAAAGAACUUGAACUUAGUGUGAAGAAGACUAGAGAUCUGGUAAUUCGUCUCCCAAGGCUACUAACUGGAAGUCUGGAGCCUGUGAAGGAAAACAUGAAGGUUUACCGGCUUGAACUAGGUUUUAAACAUAAUGAAAUUCAACAUAUGAUCACCAAAAUCCCAAAGAUGUUAACUGCAAGUAAAAGGAAAAUUACCGAGACUUUCGACUACGUGCACAAUGUGAUGUGCAUUCCGCACCACAUCAUUGUCAAGUUCCCGCAGGUAUUUAAUUCAAGGUUGUUUAAAGUCAAAGAAAGACAUUUGUUUCUUGCCUAUUUAGGAAGAGCACAGUAUGAUCCAGGAAAACCUAACUACAUCUCUUUGGACAAAUUGGUAUCUGUGCCUGAUGAAAUAUUUUGUGAAGAGAUGGCCAAGGCCUCAGUACAGGACUUCGAAAAAUUCUUAAAAACUCUUUAGUUUUUGAUAGAUGUUAAAAUGUAAUAAUGUAAAGUGAAUGUACAUAUGAAUAAAUAUAUUUUAAAAUAAAUACCUCAAACCUCAAUUGAUAUCGGAAACAAUUUCUUAAUAUUAUAAAUUUGGGAACACUUCUGGUAGAUGUUUCUUACAAGUUCCUGGUAAGUUAAUUCGUCUUUGACUCAAUCAAUUCCUUCUUGGGAAGGAGAGAAUUAAAAUAUAGCAAGCUUAGAGAAAGAGAGUCGGUUUACUAGGCUGGUGUGUUGUCCUUCUGGUGAAGAUGAGAACAGUAGAAGAUUUUCCUUUUUAUUUUCAAAGUCUUUUAUAGUGGUUUCAUCACAAGACAGCUCUAUUUUCUUUGAAGUGUUAGGAGUUUCUGGGGCAGGCUAUAUUAUCCAUCUAAUAUCUAUUACUCGCUUAGAUUAUGCUACAGAACACAUUCGAUUUGGGAUUAUCUACACUGUUAUGUUUCUGAGCAAAGAUAGUCAAAGUUGCCCACAGCUGGCUACUGAGAAUCAGGAAAGGAAAAGGGAUAGGGAGGAAAGUUGUUUGAAGGUGAGCAAUGAGACAUAGUAAAAGGCCAUAACAAACCUUUGACUUUUUGCCAGUGUGUAAAGAUUUGAAGCAUGAAUACUUUUUUUGUAUUUUCCAUUUACCAUUUAGACAUGUAAUCCUGGGCAAAUGAUUUAACCCGUGCGUCUGAUUAUUUGUAAGGUGAGGCAUCCUGGCUUCACUUACCUGCCUUGGGAUCACGAGAUUGAGCAGACUGUUAACACUGGUGGCCCUCAAGGAGCCACACCUGGUAUCUGCGCUCGCACUGUAGCCCCCUCCCACGCUGACUCAGCCGGUGCGCUCUGCUUCAUGGGACACUUGUGCAUCUGUGCUUGUCCUCUUGGAACCCUGAGCCAGGAUGGAAAGAGGUCUGGUGACUCUUGGAGAAAUGAGGUGGAACAAGACUCCUGACCAAACCUCAGCUAUUCCGGCUCUGCCACCUGGGCACCAGGUAAGGGAGUGAAGAGGCCGUCUUGGAUAUUCCAGCCUCAGCAGAUACCACACGGAGCAGAGCUACCCGGCCGAAUUCACAACUUGGAGAAACAAAGUGUUUCAAACCACUAACUUUGGGGGAAGUUUGUGUGCAUUGGGGUUUUGUGUGCUGGAUAUCCUGAAACCUUGUGAGAAACUAAAUUCAUAAUUUGUCGGGGCC